AUGACAGUUGUAGGAAGAUCCAUCGGGCAAGUACUAGAAUACCAGCUCAAGCUUAGACCUAUACAAUGUUAUCAGACGAUUUUGUUUGCCACCGCGGAUAGAUCGUACUCUGCAAUCGGUAAAAGAGUUCUAAUGCGCUCGUAUGAACGUUCAUCGGUCAUUCAAAAAUCCAAUGACGGAAAAUCCCUGGUCGUCCAUAUCGAUGGUUGUGCAAUCAAUAAUGGCCAACCUGAUGCUCGAGCUGGGAUAGGUGUAUUUUGGGGUGAAGAUGAUCCAAGGAAUUUGAGCGAACCAUUGGAAGACGGUAAACAAACAAAUCAACGAGCUGAAAUUAUGGCAGCGAUUCGUGUCUUGGAAACUUGUAAUGAUACAAAAUUACCCUUAUUGAUAUACACUGACAGUAUCUAUUUAAAGAAUGCACACGAAAAGUGGAUAAAGAAGUGGGAAGCGAAAGAGGAAAAAAAUGAAAACUGUGGAUGGAAGGCAUCGAAUAACAAACCAGUUUCCAACGAAGAUCUGUUUCGAAGGUUGAUCGCGCUUACUAGGUCAAGAGAAGGUGUGGUUAACAUUAAAUGGGUGAAGGCGCACCACAAAUCGAAGGAUAAUAUUGCAGCAGACAAACUGGCCAAUCUGGGCGCGUUGAAGAGUAGGAAUACUGUUACCACUCCGGCUGCGGCCCAAUUAGACAAUAUCGUCAAGAAAACCAAAAAGCGCGCCGAAAAGUUGGAUAAGAACAAGUAUCUAUUUACUGCUUCAAAUACUUCUUCUAUCACUAAUACUAGCUCACCGUCUAUCAAUGUUAAUGACAGUGAUUUAACCGAAAAGAAUAUUAACGGUGACCGCCUGGACAAUCCGACAAUUGCAGAUUUAAACGGAAGACGCUCAUCGAAACGGAAGAAUCAAAUUAAUUUCGUUUUUUUGAGCUGA